AUGCUGGAGAGGGCGCUUCCUCCAGCACUCCUGUCUUUGAUUCUGGUCAUUUCAAGCGCCUCUGCAGCACCCUACGACUUCACAAAGAACUACCGUGACCCUGCUCCCUCACCGCAGGACGGCCCUCCUGCCUCCUAUCACGCAACUCGAGACCGGAACCGUUUAGCAUACGACGUCGGCGGUGUUGUCGGCGGCUACGUCCUUACAGUACUUAUCUGGGGAGUAUUACUCCUCACUGUUGGCAGAAAGAUGAGACGAAAGGCACUCGAACCGCCCAAGCAUCUGGAGCUGGAACUUCAGGACAAGCCGAGUCCAUUUGCCCUCAGGUCGCCAGGGCCCGCCUCGCCACCAUUAUCGGCUCGCUCGUGGCUCAGGAAAUUCAAGAAGACCGACUCUGCUGUUGGCAGUCCGCAAAGCCCAAUGGUUCAGUCGCCUGGCUCCUUCGACCAAAGGGUCCUUGACGCCCACAAAAACCAAGCGCAGGCCGAUAUGGAGCGCCUGUACGCCGCCGUCAUGGACCACGAUGCCCAAAAACACUACUCCAACGUCAGCGUAGAAGAGGCCCAGAUGAUUGGACAAGAGCGACGAAGACCAUCAGCUAUCAGCGUUGCCCGACCACCACACGACGACAGUCCUAUAUCACCCGUCAAGGCCAUCUACCCACCGGACUUCCAUAACGGGCCCAAGGCCGCACCUCUACCUCGCGAUCGCCUACAAGAGCAGAAAAUUCCCGCGAGUCCCCGCGGUGUCCUCUCCAAGCGGGCACAGCCGUCCCCCGCCCCCAAUAGCAGCAAGAAUGCGCGCUUCAACCUCAAGAACCUGCGCAUCUCCGGCCCUGUGCAAAAGUACCCAGGCGGAGACUCGGAUGACGACGCGCGCACACCGCUGUCCCCACGCUUCUACCAACCAGGCGCACCUCCCUCGCCACCAACGCAGCCAAACUCGCCCACAACACCCUAUGAUCCAGACGAGGAACUCGACCAAGUACAACCCCUCCCCCGCCCGGCUCCCCAGCGCCUGCGACCCCUGACCACCAACCUCGCCCCGCCAUCUCACGCGCAAACCCUAACGCUCCCCAAAUCCGCCACAUCGCCCAAAUCGGCUACCUCAACCAAAUCGUCGUCGUUACCCCUGCGUAGCUUUGCAGAACCCCUCCGGUCCCCUGGUAUCCAGACGACCGUGCUGGACAGGCGCGUGGAGAAGCUCUCCAUGACGACGCCCAAGACGGGUGUCCCGUUCACACCGUAUAGUGCUUACAUGCCUUUUACCCCCAUCACGCCCGUCACACCUCACCUGGUGAACAAGCGGGACCGCAAGAUGAUGCAGAAGAUGGAAGGCAGGAGGCGCGCAGCGAUGAAGGAGGAUAUGGUGCAGAGUCCCAAGGAGAUCUUUGGCGAUGCGUACUAA